GGCCGCACGCCAACGUGACGUCGUUUCCUCUCCAACAUGGCGCAGGAGGCAGGUCGUUGAUGUCCAUCUGACGGGGAUUGAGCCCACCUUUUGUGUGUGUUUGUUUUUUCUUUUUUUGUUGGUGUGGGCUGACAUCGCUGAGUGGGGGAAGCACAUCUUUUCGGACCCCCUUAUCCUCUCCCUCACUCCUCCUCCAGCCUGACACACACACACACACACACAUUACAUUUACACACCGCGCCCCGAAUUCCGGUGCGUCAUGUUUGAGGGCAAAAAGACGAAAAACAUGUUCCUCACCAGAGCUUUGGAGAAGAUUUUGGCGGACAAGGAGGUGAAAAAAGCCCAUCACUCCCAACUGCGCAAAGCCUGCGAAGUGGCACUAGAGGAAAUCAAAGAGGAAUCAGAAAAAUUAAGUCCGCCCAGCGGAGAUGGUAAAUCAGGUUCUGGCACUUUACCGCCCAUCAAGUCAAAGACCAACUUUAUCGAAGCCGACAAGUACUUCUUGCCGUUCGAGCUGGCCUGUCAGUCCAAAUGUCCCCGCAUCGUCAUCACCUCGCUCGACUGUUUACAGAAGCUGAUAGCGUACGGCCACCUUACAGGCAGCGCUCCAGACAGCACGGCCCCGGGCAAGAAGCUCAUAGAUCGGAUCAUCGAGACAAUCUGCGCAUGCUUCCAGGGGCCGCAAACGGACGAGGGCGUGCAGCUGCAGAUCAUCAAGGCUCUGCUGACUGCCGUGACGUCGCAGCACAUCGAGAUCCACGAGGGCACCGUGCUGCAGGCGGUGCGCACCUGCUACAACAUCUACCUGGCCAGCAAGAACCUCAUCAACCAGACAACAGCCAAGGCUACGCUCACCCAGAUGCUUAACGUCAUCUUCGCUCGCAUGGAGAACCAAGCACUUACAAAUCACAAGCUAUCUUGGUCUCUGGCCUCCAGAAAGCGUGAUCGCCAGUUGCAGGAGGCGAAGCAGCUGGAAAGAGAGCGUCACCGGCAGCACUCCCCGCUCACCCAGAACAGCACGGAGCCAGACUCCCCUCAGCUACAAGCCCACACGCCGCCCAAGGCCCCCGGCCAGGAGGCCAACGGGCCCGUCACCCCUCUGACCCCGAGCAUCACCGCCCCGUCCACCCCAUCGUCGCCCUCCACGCCAGCCCCAGAGGGCGACGACAGCAGUAGCAGGUCUUCGCCCGGGGAGCGGAGGCCAGUCUACGAGAGCCCCGAUCCGGAAAACGGUUCGGAGUUCUGCGGGGCCGAGAAUGAACAGACUGAGGCGGACCAAGCCACGGCGGCAGCACAGAAUGCAGCAGGCGAGGAGGAAGAGGAGGACAUUGAAGAAGGUCCAAACUACGAGGAAAAAGCGCAGGAGAUUGUGCAGAGCAUCCUGCAAGAGGUGGUCAACACUGUGGCAGGAGGUCACUGCCUGGACCCCGCCCACCUCUGCUCCGACUCCAAGGACCCGACGGGCGAACCGGCGCAGUCGGAGCAAGCCGAGGCGGUCCCGAAGACCUCCCAGAACUCCCUGGAGGAGGAGAGCACGCUGGGGAGCGACAGCGAGCACGUGCAUGCCAACGGCAUCCCCGGCACGCCUAUUUCCGCCAGCUUUACGCCGUCGCUGCCUGACGACAGACUGUCCGUCUCGUCCACUGACACUCAGGAAUCGGGAGCAACGCCGGGUCAGCCGCCUGGCGCCAAGUUCUCUCACAUUCUCCAGAAAGACGCCUUCCUGGUGUUUCGCUCCCUCUGCAAGCUGUCCAUGAAACCUCUGUCGGACGGACCGCCUGAUCCAAAGUCUCACGAGCUGCGAUCGAAGGUGCUCUCCCUCCAGCUGCUGCUCUCCAUCCUCCAGAACGCCGGGCCCAUCUUCAAGACCAACGAGAUGUUCAUCAACGCCAUCAAGCAGUACCUGUGCGUGGCGCUGUCCAAGAACGGCGUCUCCUCCGUGCCCGAGGUCUUCGAGCUCUCGCUUUCCAUUUUCCUCACGUUGCUGUCGCACUUCAAGACGCACCUCAAGAUGCAAAUCGAGGUUUUCUUCAAAGAGAUUUUCCUCUACAUUCUGGAGACCUCCACGAGCUCCUACGACCACAAAUGGAUGGUCAUACAGACCCUGACUAGAAUAUGCGCAGAUGCCCAGAGUGUGGUGGACAUCUACGUCAACUACGACUGCGACUUGAACGCCGCCAACAUAUUCGAGCGACUGGUCAACGACCUCUCCAAAAUAGCGCAGGGUCGCGCCGGCCACGAGCUCGGCACCACACCCCUGCAGGAGCUGACCUUGAGAAAGAAAGGCCUCGAAUGUCUGGUCUCCAUCCUGAAAUGUAUGGUGGAGUGGAGCAAGGACCAAUACGUCAACCCCAACUCUCAGACCAGCCUUGGCCAGGAGAAACCGUCAGAGCAGGAGAGCAGCGAGACCCGGGCCCCUGAAACCAUCAAUCGCUACGGGAGCAUCAACUCCCUGGAUUCCACCGCCUCGUCUGGUAUCGGCAGCUACAGCACUCAGAUGUCGGGGACGGACAACCCGGAGCAGUUCGAGGUCCUCAAACAGCAGAAGGAGAUCAUCGAACAGGGGAUCGACCUGUUCAAUAAGAAACCAAAGAGGGGCAUCCAGUAUCUUCAAGAGCAAGGCAUGCUGGGUACAACGCCCGAAGACCUGGCUCAGUUCCUGCAUCAAGAGGAGCGCCUUGAUUCGACUCAAGUGGGGGAGUUUCUUGGCGAUAAUGACCGUUUUAAUAAAGAGGUGAUGUACGCCUACGUGGAUCAAAUGGACUUCCAAGGCAAAGACUUUGUCUCGGCGCUCAGGAUGUUCCUGGAGGGCUUUCGGCUGCCCGGCGAGGCCCAGAAGAUUGACCGGCUCAUGGAGAAAUUUGCCGCAAGAUAUCUGGAAUGCAAUCAGGGGCAAACCCUCUUUGCAAGUGCUGACACUGCCUACGUGCUUGCCUACUCCAUCAUCAUGCUGACAACUGACCUUCACAGUCCACAAGUAAAGAAUAAAAUGACAAAGGAGCAGUACAUCAAGAUGAACCGCGGCAUCAACGACAGCAAAGACCUCCCGGAGGAAUACCUGUCAGCCAUCUAUGAUGAGAUUGCGGGGAAAAAGAUCGCCAUGAAGGAGACGAAAGAGCUCACCAUGAAGUCCAGCAAGCAGAGUGUGGCCAGCGAAAAGCAGCGCCGCCUUCUCUACAACGUGGAAAUGGAACAGAUGGCCAAGACGGCCAAAGCCCUAAUGGAGGCCGUCAGCCACGUGCAGGCUCCGUUCACCAGCGCCACUCACCUGGAGCACGUCAGGCCCAUGUUUAAGCUGGCGUGGACCCCCUUUCUGGCCGCGUUUAGUGUAGGUCUCCAGGACUGUGACGACACCGAAGUGGCGUCGUUGUGUCUGGAAGGGAUCCGCUGUGCCAUCAGAAUAGCGUGCAUCUUCUGCAUACAGCUGGAGAGGGAUGCCUACGUGCAAGCCUUGGCGAGGUUCACGCUGCUCACCGCCAGCUCGGGCAUCGCUGAGAUGAAGCAGAAGAACAUUGACACCAUUAAGACCCUCAUCACUGUGGCACACACUGACGGAAACUACCUGGGAAACUCCUGGCACGAGAUCAUGAAGUGCAUCAGUCAGCUGGAGCUGGCCCAGCUUAUCGGCACCGGGGUGAAGGCCCGCUACAUCUCAGGGACAGUGAGGGGCAGAGAGGGCUUUGUGGCCAGUGCCAAGGAACAGAACAACGACGAGUACCUAGGCCUGGUUGGCGGGACGGUAGACCGGAAGCAGAUUGCCAGCAUCCAGGAGUCCAUCGGAGAAACCAGUUCGCAGAGUGUGGUGGUGGCUGUGGACAGGAUAUUCACAGGCUCAACCAGACUCGACGGCAACGCAAUAGUGGAUUUCGUGCGCUGGCUGUGCGCUGUGUCUAUGGAUGAGCUGGCCUCGCCUACGCACCCGCGAAUGUUCAGCCUGCAGAAAAUAGUGGAGAUCUCCUACUACAACAUGGGCCGCAUCAGGCUGCAGUGGUCCAGGAUCUGGGAGGUCAUCGGAGACCACUUCAACAAGGUUGGCUGUAAUUCCAAUGAGGACGUGGCCAUCUUCGCGGUGGACUCCCUCAGGCAGCUGUCCAUGAAGUUCUUGGAGAAAGGCGAGCUGGCCAACUUCAGAUUCCAGAAGGACUUCCUGAGGCCGUUUGAGCACAUCAUGAAGAAGAACAGGUCUCCCACGAUUAGAGACAUGGUGGUGCGCUGCAUUGCUCAGAUGGUUAACUCCCAGGCGGGGAACAUCCGUUCAGGCUGGAAGAACAUCUUCUCCGUCUUCCACCUGGCUGCGUCCGACCAGGAUGAGAGCAUUGUGGAGCUGGCCUUCCAGACCACGGGGCACAUCGUCACGAAUGUAUUCGAGAAGCACUUUGCGGCCACCAUCGACUCCUUCCAGGACGCUGUCAAGUGUCUGUCGGAAUUCGCCUGCAACGCCUCCUUUCCGGACACCAGCAUGGAAGCCAUCCGCCUCAUCAGACACUGCGCCAAAUACGUCUCCGAGAGGCCACAGGCCUUCAAAGACUACACCAGUGAUGACAUGAAUGUAGCACCAGAGGACCGCGUGUGGGUACGAGGCUGGUUCCCCAUUCUCUUCGAGCUCUCCUGCAUCAUCAAUCGGUGUAAAUUGGACGUCCGCACCAGGGGCUUGACGGUGAUGUUUGAAGUGAUGAAGACAUACGGACACACCUUCGAGAAACACUGGUGGCAAGAUCUGUUCAGGAUCGUCUUCAGGAUCUUUGACAACAUGAAGCUGCCCGAGCAACAGACGGAGAAAGCGGAGUGGAUGACGACCACCUGCAACCACGCACUUUACGCCAUCUGCGAUGUCUUCACUCAGUACUUUGAGUCAUUGAACGACGUGCUGCUGGAUGACAUUUUAUCCCAGCUGUACUGGUGUGUGCAGCAAGAUAACGAGCAGCUAGCGCGUUCAGGCACCAACUGUCUGGAGAACGUGGUCAUCCUGAAUGGUGAGAAGUUCUCCCCGGAGACGUGGGACAAGACGUGCAACUGCAUGCUGGACAUAUUCAAGACCACCAUCCCACAUGCACUGCUAACAUGGAGACCAGCGGGAGCAGAAGGAGAACACUUUUCACAAAGUCUGUCAGACAAGCAGCUGGACUCCAUUUCCCAGAAGUCAGUGGACCUCCAGCUCCGCCCCGAUGACCAGCGCUCCAUCAGUAGCGCCGACAGGGUCUCCAUGGAGAACCGUCGUCAGAGCCAGCAGGGCGCCACACCCGUUGUCCCCAAUGAGGACGGCGUCAGGAGCAGAAGCUCCCCAAGGGUGUUGGAGCAACGCUUGUUUGCAGCCUUGCUCAUCAAGUGCGUGGUGCAGCUGGAGCUGAUCCAGACCAUCGACAACAUCGUCUUCUUUCCCGCCACCAGCAAGAAGGAAGACGCGGAGAACUUUGCUGCAGCUCAGCGGGAUGCUGUGAAUGCAUCAGACGUCCCCAUGGAGACACAAGACCAGGGCAUGUUCCGCUACCUGACCUCGCAGCAGCUCUUCAAGUUGCUGGACUGCCUGCUGGAGUCGCACCGCUUUGCCAAGGCUUUCAACUCCAACAACGAGCAGAGGACCCUGCUGUGGAAAGCAGGUUUCAAAGGAAAGUCCAAGCCUAACCUGUUGAAGCAGGAGACCAGCAGCUUGGCGUGCAGCCUGCGCAUCCUUUUCCGCAUGUACACGGACGAGACGCGUCAGGAUGCCUGGGAGGAGGUCCAGAGGCGACUGCUGGAUGUGUGCAGUGAGGCCGUGGCGUACUUUUUGGCGUUGACCUCUGAGAGUCACAGAGAAUCCUGGACCAACCUGCUGCUCCUGUUCCUCACCAAGGUGCUGAAGAUCAGCGACGAGCGGUUCAAGGCCCACGCGUCCAGGUACUACCCUCUCUUGUGCGAGAUCAUGCAACUGGACCUCAUCCCAGAGCUCCGUGCCGUCCUAAGAAAGUUCUACUUGCGCAUCGGCCUGGUGUUUCACAUCGCGCCGCUUCCUACGACCGAGCCAGACGCCGCCGAGCGAGACACGAGCCCCGAAGCAGAGGAGGAAGCUCAGCAGUGACCAUGUUGCCUCAGGCUUCUGUCGACUGUGGUCCUGCACUUGCUGCUCUGGCGCCACCUGCCUGCAGCCUCAAAAGCCCUUCACCUCGCAGGAUUGAUAUCAGCACGGAAAGUCUUGUUUGUAGCUCUACACUGCUGACAGCAACGCAUAUCUCUGACCUGCUCAGAUGGAAUAUAUUUUAGAAAAAAGAACUGGUGUGCUUCUUAAUGUAAUAUUUAAAAACAAAAUGUAAUGAAUGAGUGGUUUGCAAAUAUUCAACAACUAUGAAAUGUGACAUUUCCCUGCACCCAGAUGGCUAACACUAAUAUCGAUUAGCCUGUCAAAAUUAGUUGUACAGACCAGGCCGGUAUGUAAUAUAAUCUAAACACUAGAUUUUGUUUAUUUUUUAUUUGUUUCUCCUCUGGAUUUGCUGCACUUGAACUCCAUUUUGGAAUGCACUGGAGAUUUGACUUUACUGAUCAUUUAUUUGACUGUAACAUCUCCCCACACACGGUAUGAUUUGUAAUUGAGGAGCAAGUGAAGGGUUAAAUUAUUCCAUUUUAUAUGUUGUUAGGUUUUUAAAAAGGAGACACGCAUUGACUGUGCUUUUGAAACUGGAAGACCGGGGACACGAUGCUAGCUGCUUAAAAAAAAAGAAGUUAUUGGUCUGUUUAGUUUUCACUCAUGUGUACAAAAUCAAAAGUUAAUAAUAUAUUUUGUGUUUUUUGGGUUCGGGAGAAAGUAAUCUGUAUAGGUGAAAUGAGAGAUGUUUAGCUGUGCUUUAUGUAUGAAUGGGAUGCAUUCCUGCUCAUGGAUGUAGAAACAAUGUAUAUGAUGCAGCAAUGUAAAGUUUUCUAUGUUGCAAAAAAAGAUUAUGUACAACUUUCUGUACGAUACAUCCUUCUGGCAUUCUAAUCAGGUUCUAGGUCAAUAAAGUUUUUGAACUUGG